AUGAUUCAAAAACCUCAAGAUAUAUUGCUAAAGACUAAUUAUCAUGAAAUUAGUUUACUUCCUGGAAAACCAAUUUAUGAAUAUGAAUUAGAAAUUUAAAAUUCUACUCCAGAAUUAAUUUAAGCAGCAUUAAAAGCACAUAAAACCAUUUUAUUAGAAAUGCUUAGAAAUUAUAUGAGUAUUGAUAAUAAAAUAUACUCUCCUAAAAUAAUAGAUGGAAUUGAAAAAGGAUAAUCAAAAAUAUUGGGAAUAGAUGAAAUCAAUUAAGAAGCAUAACAUAUAGUUUCUAUUAAAUUAAUUGGUCGUUUAAGUGAAAAUCACAUAAGCAAGAAUUAAAUAAUUGCUAGAUUAAUAAAAUAAGUAGUUAGAAAUUAAUUCUAAAUGGUUUCUAUUGGGAAAAUAGGUAGUAAACUUUUUUGGAAUUAAAGAGCAAUUAAAUAAAAAGAAAACAAUUUAGAAGUAAAUAUAUUUAUUUAAUUCUUAGAUUUGGCCAGGAGUAGAAUGCAUUUAUUAAGCUAGUAAUAUAUAAAAUUUUAAACCUAAAUUAAUAAUUGAUUGUGCAUUUAGAAUACUUCGUUAUAGAUCUGUAUUAGAAGAAUUGAAUUUAUAGAAACAAAAUAUUGAUAUUCUUAUUGGUUAGAUUGUGAUGACUACUUAUAAUAAAAAGUUUUAUUAAAUAUCUGGUAUAGAUGUUUAAAUGAAUCCAAAAUCUACAUUUUUAAAUGAAAAUGGUGAAGCAAAUACUUUUGAAAAUUAUUACAAAACAAAGUAUAAUUAAAAUAUUAAUUCUAAUUAACCUCUUUUAAAAGCAAUUGUCAGAGGUAGAAGAGAUUAAAAUGAAAAAGAAAUAUUUUUAAUCCCUUCUCUUUGUUAAAUGACUGGAUUAACUGAUGAAAUGAGAAAUGUAAUUAGAUUUAUAUAUUUUAGGAUUUUAUUGCUAUGAAAAAGAUAUCAGAAAUAACAAAACCAUCUGCAGAUGUAAGAAUGAGAACUGCAUAAGACUUUAUUAAAUAACUUUAAGAUACUAAAAUUAUUAAUAAAAAGGAUAAUUCAUAAAAGGAACUAUUGAAUGAAUGGGGAUUAGAAAUAAAAAAGGAUUGUGUUUAAAUAUAAGCUUAUAAAUUAGAUCCUGGAAAUAUGUUAAUGGGUGGAGAAUUACGUUUAAAUUUAGGAGAUAGCAAAACAAAUUUAGAUAGAUAAACUUAAACUUAAAUGUAUUAAACUCCUACAUAAAAAUUACUAUUGGGAAUUAUAUAUAAUGUAAAUUCAGGAGUAUCAGCAAUGAAUUCUUUCAUACAAAACUUUGAUUUAGCUAGAUAAGAAUUUUAGUUUGAUGUUUUUCUUUAACCACUAGUGAUUAAAAUGUAUUAAGACAGAGAAGAAGAAUUAGAAAGAUUAUUACAAGGAUUAAAGGCGGAAGCUGAUUCAAUGAAUAAUAAGAUAAACUUUUUAUUAUUUUUGUUACCAGGAUAAAAGAAAAAAGCAAGAUUAUACAAAGCUUGUAAAAGAAUAUCUAUGGCCAAAUUUGGUUGUGCUUCUUAAGUAAUUAUAGAAAAAACGUUAAAAAAUAAUACAAGAUCUAUUGUAAAUAAGAUUUUAAUUUAAUUAAAUGCAAAAAUAGGAGGAACUCCAUGGGCAUUAGAUGGUAUUCCUAGUAUAUUUACAAAUUAACCGACAAUGAUUUGUGGAGUUGAUAUUUUUUAAAAGACUGGAAGAAAAAGUCAAUUAGCCUUUUGUAGCACAAUUAAUAGAUAUUUUAGUAGAUAUUAUUCUUAAGUUGUAACAUCAGGUGAAUUUUGUUAACAUUUAUAAUAAUGUUUGAAGGCUGCUUUAAUUGCUUUCAAAUAAGAAUUAUAAAUUUAUCCUAAGAAUGUUAUCAUAUAUAGAGAUGGAGUUAGUGAUGGUUAAUAAAAAACUGUAUUAGGAACUGAAUUACCAUAAUAUAAACAAGCUUUAAAAGAAUUAGAAUUAAAUGAUAUAUCACUUACUUUGGUUAUCUGUAACAAAAGAGUUUCUGCAAAAUUCUAUACUGGAGGUUAAGGUAGAGCAGAAAAUCCACCUCCAGGAACUGUAAUUGAUAAUAAAAACAUUACGAAUGAAGAUUCUAUGAAAUUUUAUUUAAUCUCUUAAUUGAGUAGAUAAGGAACUGUUACUCCAACUCUCUAUAAGGUUCUUUAUUCAGAUUUACCAGGUAUUUAUAUUUUAUAAUAAAUAAGGUAUUGAGUAAAUGAUUAAAAUAAUGACAUUCAAAUUAUGUUGGUUGUUCUAUAAUUUUACAGGGUCUAUCAAAAUACCAGCACCUGUUCGUUAUGCACAUUGUCUUUGUAAUUUUAUUGGAGAUAAUUAUGAUGAUAAGGAUAAAAUAAAAUUUCUACCGUAAUAAGACUUAAUUCUUAAAAAAGUGCUGUUUUAUAUUUGAUUAAUAUUAUUGUAUAUUUAUAAUAAUUGAUGAUAAGGCCAUUAUCUGAAUAUGAAUAAUGUUACUAAGAAAUUAAAAUAAUUGGGAGAGGUUAAUUUGGUAAUAAAUAAUGAUUAAUCUUAUAGGAAUUGUUUAUUUGAUAUAGGAAAAGUCAACUUUAAAAGAAUUUGCAGCAAAAAAAAUAAAUGGAGAAUGUUCCAAUACAGAAUUAGAUAUCUUAUUAAAAUUGAAACAUCCAAAUAUCAUUAAUGUUUAUGAAUGCUUCAAAGAUCAAAAAUCAAUUAUUAUUAUUAUGGAUUAUUGUUAAAGUACAAACUUAUUAAAUAAAAAAUAGAGGGAGAUCUAUGGAAUAUUAUUUAAUAUAGAAUAUUAGAAGGAAAGAAUAGAGGAUACACUUAGAAGGUAAUUGAAUAAUGGCUUGUUUAAUUACUUAUGGGAUUAGCUUGCAUACAUGAAAAUAAUGUUAUUCAUAGAGAUUUGAAGAGUUCAAAUAUUUUAAUUAAAGAGGAUGGACAAUUAAAGAUAGCAGAUUUUGGAGUAGCUAAAGUAAUAUAAUAAUUUAUUACGAGAUUUUAUCAGAAGAUAAAAUGGCUAAGACAAUUACUGGUAGUCCAUUUUAUUUAUCACCAGAAAUCAGUUAAGGUUAAGAUUAUACAUACUCCUCAGAUAUAUGGUCACUUGGAUGUAUAUUAUUUGAAAUGUGUACAUUGAAAAGAGCUUUUGACGGUGAUUAAUUUGAUUAAGUACUUGAUAAAAUACAGCAACGAAAAUUGUAAUAGGAAAUACUGAUUUAGGAUUAGAUUGAUCCAACACUUUCUGAUAAAAGAACAUAUACUUCAGAAUUAGUAAAUUUAAUUUAAUCUCUUCUGAAUGUAGAUCCUUCAAAAAGACCCACUGCCAAAGAACUUUUAAGAUCUUCUUAUAUAGCUAAAAUUAUGUUAUAAAGUUUCGAAAAGAAAAGUGUUAAAUAGAAGGAUAUUCAAAAAAUAGGUUAAGUCACUAUGAUGUAAAAAAAAGCACAUGAAAAAUAUUAAAAAUAAAUGAGUUAUGUUAAGUAACUUUUAGGAAACUCAUAAGAUUCUAUCAAUGCAUAAUCUUAAGUUUGUGAUACUAUGUUUACAAAAAAAUAAACAAGUAUUUGA